GCCGAGAAGAAAGACUGCACAACCUAUUGACGGAAACACUCCAAUUGAUACUGUCUAGUGGUGCAGAGGCUCUUAGUAAAAACAAUCUGCGGUUGAAUUUCCCUCAGUUCUUUCUGGUUGUUUUAUUAUAUUUUAUUUUGAUUUAUUGUUUUACAUUUGACUGAAGGAUAUGUACCGAAACGACGUCAGACAAGAUUGACAAGUUUAUAUAUCGCCUAUUGUUAAAAAAUGUCCAAUAUAUUGCAUGCGGCAGCUAAAGUGAAAUGGAAUCAGUCAGCUGCAGCAAAACGAGCCGCUAUUCUUGUGGCGGCCGCUUAUGGGGUGAAAACGUUGUAUCCUGUCAUUUGCAAGCAGAUCAACAGAAGACCCGACCAUAAGAAGACAGAACCCCUCAAAACUGAAGAACAAAAUGGAUUAAUAUUGCCAGGAACGACGGACGUAACGCCAAACAGGUCUCCUGGAGUAAAUGCCGAGUUCUUCAAUCAGAUACUGGAACUUGUAAAAAUCCUCUUUCCAAAGCUUAUCACCAAAGAGCUCGGAUUGCUUUGCUUACAUUCUGUCGCCUUGAUAUCGAGGACAUUCUUGUCCAUUUAUGUGGCAGGGUUAGACGGUAAAAUCGUGAAGACAAUAGUAGAGAAACAACCAAGAAGCUUCGUCAUCAAAUUGAUGAAAUGGCUCCUUAUAGCCAUACCGGCCACGUUUGUCAAUAGCGCAAUACGUUUUUUGGAGUGCAAGCUUGCUUUGGCCUUUCGCACUCGGUUAGUCGAUCAUGCAUAUAAAACGUAUUUCACAGACCAGACUUACUAUAAGGUUAGCAAUAUGGAUGGGAGACUUGCGAACCCAGACCAAUCCCUUACAGAGGACAUCAUGAUGUUUUCGCAAUCGGUUGCACAUUUGUACUCUAACCUUACAAAACCCAUUUUGGAUGUGAUGCUUACUUCUUACACCCUGAUUCAAACUGCAAGAUCAAGAGGGGCCAACGCCUCCGGCCCGACCCUGCUGGCAGGUCUCGUCGUGUAUGCCACAGCUAAGGUUUUGAGAGCCUGCUCGCCAAAAUUUGGGAAACUGGUGGCGGAGGAGGCACACAGAAAGGGUUACUUGCGUUACGCACAUUCACGCAUCAUUGCCAACGCCGAAGAGAUCGCCUUUUACAGGGGACAUAAGGUAGAGAUGAAACAACUGCAGAAAUGUUACAAGGCCCUUGCUGAACAGAUGAACCUUAUUUUGUCUAAGCGGCUCUGGUAUAUUAUGAUAGAGCAGUUCCUGAUGAAGUAUGUCUGGAGUGGGAGUGGCUUAGUUAUGGUGGCAGUACCCAUUAUCACCGCAACUGGUUUUGCUGAUAACGAGCUGGAAGAUGGCCAAACUCAAGUUUUAGUGAGUGAAAGAACUGAAGCCUUCACAACAGCACGUAAUCUCCUGGCAUCUGGUGCUGAUGCUAUAGAGAGAAUCAUGUCUUCCUACAAAGAGGUCACUGAACUGGCUGGCUAUACAGCUCGCGUACACAACAUGUUUUUGGUUUUUGAUGAAGUGCAGAAAGGAAUAUACAAGCGUUCCACUGUUACAGCUCCAUCUGACAACGAAGGUGCAGCCAGACCUGAGAUGCAUAUUGAUGGUCCUCUUGAGAUCAAAGGAAAUGUUAUUGAUGUAGACAAAGGGAUUGUGUGUGAAGAUGUCCCAAUUAUCACACCAAAUGGUGAUGUCGUCGUUUCCUGUUUAAAUUUCAAAGUAGAAGAAGGAAUGCAUCUACUAAUCACAGGCCCUAACGGUUGUGGGAAGAGCUCUCUGUUCAGGAUUCUGAGUGGCCUCUGGCCAGUGUAUGGUGGAGUCUUGUACAAACCCUCACCACAGCACAUGUUCUACAUUCCACAAAGACCUUAUAUGUCAGUUGGGACUUUGCGGGAUCAAGUCAUCUAUCCUGACUCAAUGGAAGACAUGCGUGAGAAAGGCUACAGGGACCAGGACCUGGAGGUCAUUCUGGAUAUUGUCAAUUUGAACCAGAUAGUUACAAGGGAAGGGGGAUGGGAUGCUGUUAUGGACUGGAAGGAUGUUCUGUCUGGUGGAGAGAAACAGAGAAUGGGGAUGGCACGCAUGUUUUAUCACAAGCCGAAAUAUGCUUUGUUAGAUGAGUGCACAAGUGCUGUCAGCAUUGAUGUGGAGGGGAAAAUAUUUCAGGCUGCAAAGGAUGCUGGGAUAUCCUUGCUCUCUAUAACACACAGACCAUCUCUGUGGAAGUACCACACUCACCUCCUGCAGUUUGAUGGUGAAGGAGGGUGGCGUUUUGAACAGCUGGACACAGCUACUCGACUUUCCCUUACAGAAGAGAAACAGAGGCUGGAAUCUCAGCUUGCUGGUAUUCCCAAAAUGCAACUGAGACUGAAUGAACUGUGCAAGAUUUUAGGGGAGGAUUCUGUUCUCAAAACUACUGAUAAUGAGAAAUAACUUCGUUCUCCUGUGCAAGCAAAGGAUAACGAAGGAAAAUUGGAACACGUGUAAAUGGUAUUCUUUAUAAAAUUAGUAUUAAUUGAUCAAUGUGCAUUACAUUAUUUUGGUUUUUCAGUUAGAUGUGUUUCUUUUUUCAAAAAUAGCAACACAGUAGGAUUUCUUCAGAAAUCAAGUAACUGAAGGCUAAGGAAAGCCACUUCAGAAAUGUUUUGAGCAAUGUGAUAACAAAAGCAGAAAUGUUUUUAGCACUUUACUACAACUAAAUUAGGUUGUUUCCUAAAAUAGUAUUUAAUUCAAUUUUAUUAUUUUAGCAAAAUAUUGUGAGAUUUAUGAGCCACUCUUCUUUGCUUAGAGGACAUUUUAACUUGUUUUGUAUUUUUAAGGAAUGCAGUUUUAACUAGAUAAAGCUUUCAUGUAAGGUACGGUAAUUAUUUUUCUUUUUGUAUUUGCCAUUUGUAACAAAUGUUUACAUCUGAGCUCAGAGAUCUUUGAUUGAAAUAGUGUGUUUAUGCAAAACAUAAAUGCCUUCAUUUACUUACUAACCAUUAUACUUUUGUGCAAACCUUAAUAACUCUAUGACUCUAUUUACGUAACACCGUGAUCUCAAUCACAAGUAAAAAUUAAAAAAUAUUUGAAGAGUGAAACAAUCAAAUAUCGAUUUACUUUUUUAUGCUAGCGUAAAGAGGCAAAAACAAGUAAAAAGGACGUUAUUUGUAGUUUAAUUAAUUCCAAAAUAAAUGGAAAAACUCCAAUAGUUACUGUAGAUGCAGCAAGUAUUCUUUAAGAAGGAACAAAGGAUUCCUCUGAAUAAAGGAAAUCCAGAUCCUUGUACACUACAGCAGUGUGGAUAUGAAGCAGGGUAAUGUUAUUUACAAUUUUGUUAACAGACGUAUGAUUGCUUUGAUAUGAUUUGGGUUACUCAGUAGAGUAAUGUCUUUGACAUAUUCAAAUUCUGCUUCAAUUCACAGUAAUGUGGUCCCAAAUUUACCCCCAUUUGCAAAGAAAACAUUUUCUUUCCCUAAAUAAAUCUGAUAACUAGAAAAAAUCACAUAAGAUUAACUUAAGAGUGAUCCUUCCCCUGAAUUACCUCCGUUAGAUGAAAUAUGUCUGUUUCCACUGUUUUCAGCUCAGCAACUAAAAUUACCUCACACCCAGAAUGUUUAAUGAUGAUAACUAACAUUUUUGUUCUUAGGUAAGGAGUGAGUAUUAAGAAAUGAUAAUGAGUAAUUUAAGAGCAGACCAAAGUGCAAAUAACAUAUUAAGUAUGUGAAUAAUGGUCACUAUGUUUUCUCUGAGUGGGCAGUUUUAAUAACAAUCUAUUGUUCAGACAAUGCAGUUCAAUAGCUGAUUACUUUUUAACUAGAUAUGAUUAUAACCUUGCAGGUACAGAGUUAAGACAGUGUAGGCAUACACUUUUUCAAAGUUUUUAAAGUCUUUAAAGCAUUUAUUAUUGCAUUACUAAAGGUCUCUUCAUGCCACAAAAAAGGACAAAAUAAAAUUUGAUUAAGUUUUCAACAGAUGUGAACUAAGCCAUUGUUGGCAACCAAAUAUUCAUGUGGGACAUAUUUCAAAAUUAUUGUUACAUAACCAUCAUUGUGGGCCGGAGUCAGCAACUGAUAGGAUCUAAUAUCUGGACUCAUGCAAUUUUUAUUUGUUUCUAGAGGGUAAUCAUUAUAAUAACUGCAUAUACAGUAUGUAGAAUGUUUCAUCCCAAAGGACCCUGAAGCAUUUUAUAUACUGUAUAGGAGUGGAUCCACAUCAUCGUCCACUGAAAUGGAACAUUACACAGGAAAUCCAGUGGAGAAGGGAGAAAUUGCCUCAUCAGUUGAAUUAAGUAAGAACGUAAGGAAAGCUGGAAUGUGCAAGCCCAGAGUGGAAUUUAGCCAGGACUAAUGGUAGUAGAGUUUGACCUUGGCCUCCCUCAAGCCUACUCUUCUGAUGGUACUGGAGCUGCGGUAAUCAAACAUUUCCUUGGUUUUGCACAUACAGUAGCCUGUAUCUCUGCUAUUUAUUAGUUUGAGCCACUGUCCAGAGAAGCCUGGGACCUUCUUUCAGUUUGUUUCCACCAAGUGUUCAAAUAAGAAGGGCUCUGACUCUUUCCCCUUUUAAGUGUAUUAAAUUUACAUAAUGUGACUUCCAGAAUGUUCUAUACUGCAGACUAAGUUACAUAACUUAUUAGAACAUUCUAAUUUUGAAAAAAAUGAAGAACAAAUAGCAUUUUCCAAUACUAAAAAGGGUAAUUGUAUUAUGUAGAAAUGCUGAUGGUUUACAAACAUAAAAACAAAUAAAUUCCCUGUAUACACUGCAAUGUUACAAAUCUACUUUUCUUCCCAUAAAAAGCACAAAAAUAUAACUCAGUGACAUUUUUAAAGUAUAAUGAGGUGCUGCUUAGGUGCUUGAUUUGUUGUAUAUCUGAUUUCUUUUAAAGUGAAUCUGUUGCAUUUUCCUUAAAUAACUGACACUGCUUGAACAGCUAUGCAAAUUGCACAACUGUGAAAUUAAGAAAAUUAAAGGUAGGACAAUUGUAAUAAAAAGGUACAAGUUGCUGCAUUAUCAAUGGUAUGCUUACAAAUAUCUUAGUAUAUUUGUAAGCAUCCUCAAAUAAUACAGUACAUCUCCAAUAUUUUCCAUGAUCAUAAUAUUUUCAGGUGAAAGUAGUAACUAGUAGAAAAGAUUACAAUAGGGUCUCAACAGCUGCAAAUUAAAAAUUCAUUCACUUACGCUUUGGUCUGGCUGCUUAUAUGGAAGAAGAGUAGAGCAGAUGAGCUGAAGGUUGUUAGCAGCAACUUACAAAUUAGUGCAACAGACUAGGAUCAUGAAUUUUAUUUAGCUAGUGAGUCUCUCCCUGCUGCCUGCCCAAAUACCCACUAUCUAGUAUUCUCAUCUCAUCUCGUCUCAAACCCGUAAUGAACACUCCAGGUUGUGUCGUCAGUAUGGGUAAUGACAACCUGAAGACGACUUUAUAGGCUCACUGAUAGAUUUCUUGCCGUUUCUGUUACAGGAGGGCAUGCUAAUCACAGUGGCAGAGAGACUGUGAAAGCUGGAUACAGAGGAGGGAUUUGUGUUAUUUUAGCUGAUUACUAUUCAUUUGUGAUUACUGUGAUCAAUGUUUUUUAAAUUAACUUAAGGCCAAAGCAUUGGUGCUUUAAUUACCAUAUAAAUCAAGGUCACAUAUGUCUUUUAAAUCAUACAUACUAUACUAUAGUAUGUUAUGCAAUGGUAAAGAGUUGGACUUAUUUAGUCAUAUACAGUAAUAUUCGGUCGGAUAUUCGAUUCGGUCAUAUCCGAAUUUGGCAAUUAGUGAAGGUUCUCUUUACCGAACCCCUGCUAAUGUUGAGACCCUACUGUAAUUAAUGCAAGUAUAUUUUCGGUUUGCAUGCUGAGCAAGUCAGUCAUGAGUCCAGGUGAUUCUUGGAGCUGCUGCUGUUUGAAGGCUUCUGCAUGAUUCUUCUGCAGAGAUGUCUUUGGCUAUCCUUCUGGAAUACAUUUUUUUCAUAUUGCUAUCAUUUCGUAAGGGCUUCUUGGCAUUUUCCCAGCCAAUGGGGAUGCACUUGGGUAUUUUCUUUGUCCACUUAUGAUCCACACUACUUUUUGCCCAGCCCAUUUACACUUUUUUAGUUUUCUGUCUCUUCAUAUUAUUCCUGGCAUACAUCUUUCUGCAUUUCUUUGGGUUUUCUGUAGGUUCUUUAUCACGUUUGUGUUCAUGGCCUAGGUUUCAAAUCAAUACCCUCCUUUCGAUGCACAAAAAAGCAAUUUGUCUUUUAGUGACACAAUCUUCUAAAACCACUUAAGUGCUUUAUAAAAUAGGUGUCCAUUGUUGAGUUUGUUGAGCAAGCUGUCUCUCCCUUGGCUAGAAAUAUUUCUACCAUUGUAUGUAUGUGUUCUUAUCACUACAGUAUCUAGUUCUACAACCUGGAUCUUCAUGGCCCUCUUUGCUUUCAUGCACAUCCAGCCACAGCCUGUGUUGUUGACAUUCCACUCUCAGGGGAAUUAGAGACGUGAUUUUGUUUGUGUCAAUACUGCUGGCAAGAGCAAUGAUACAACACUGGCCAAACCUUUGGUGAGUUACUCCUUCUGGAUUAACCAGGUACCUAACUCAGAUGUUUACAGUAUGGGUAAACCAGCAAGAAUCCCAGGGUUUCUCUGUAGUUCUUCUCUUGCCACUUUUUUGAUACAGUAUGUUGACAAAGAGCUAGCAGGAUCUUAUGGAGGAAUUAUAUAAAAGUAUAUAAAUCAAGGUUUGAAGAUUGUUGCAAUAUAAGAUUACUAAAUAUAAGGCUCACUUCUGCUUAAAAUUACAUGCUUUUAGAUUUCAGUUAAUAGUAAAAUAGUAAAAUCUUGCCAAUUCAUUAAAAUUAUGUUUUGGGGUGAUUAGAAGUCCUUAAUAUUACAGGUGCUGUUCCCUUGUGUAUACAUUUGGAUCCUCAGCCGUGCAAUAAUAUGUAGUUUUAAAAUGGGUUUAUUACUGGUCAAAGAUGAUAUAAAUAAUUGUUUUAAAUAAGCAAUUACAUUGUUUUAGUUGAUUCCCAUAAAUAGAGUGAAUGAACUGGCAGACAUUAUGAAUGCUCUUGCAGUGAAUGAGAGUGGCUAAAGUCAUACCCUAACAAACCUUCUCCAAAACAAAAACUCAGGUGUCUGAAUGGUGAUUGUUAAUGUUAUGCUGUAGACAUUCAUGUGUUCAGUAAACACCCAGUGAACUGCUGUCUGUCUUGGACUGUUAUACAGUGAAUUUUUAGUUUUAGCAAUGUCAUAUGUAUGUUAAGUCGAGAUUCUUAUACUUAAAAAAAUAUUUCCUGUAUUGUUUUUUCUAUUCUAGGUUGGAUAAGGAUUUAUAAUGUUUACGUGAAACAGUGUCUGAAUUUGUUAUAACUGUAUUGUGAUAUAGAGUCUAUAGAUUUUAGUGUAACAAGAAGUGCUUUGCUGGUGAUGCACCUGUGGUUAGGGUGAUUAGCUAUAUUUAUUAGUUCUUCUGUCACCCACUCAUUUGUCUCCCAAAUCAAUCCAAUACAAUAUGCCCAUUGCACACUGAACAGUUUGAAUGGUUUGGAGUUCCCCGAUAUGUCUAGUUUUGAAUUGAUAUGAAUUUUUCUCACAGAUUGAUUGCCUUAGGGACAUAAGGAGUUCUGCAGGUGGAAUACUGUGUCCAUUUGACCUCAGAUCUGCAGUUGCAGUAACUAUUGCAUAAAAUUUACUUAACAGUUGCUGGUUUAUGGCAAAUAUUCAAUAUACUGUUUGUGUAUUUCUUUUCUCAUAUCCUUUAGUUAGAAAAAGCUAAGCAUGUGCAAAAUCAUAAAAAGUUUGCAAUUUUAAUUAAAUGGGAUUUAAUUGCUUUUCCUAAUCUUAUACAGUGCAUCAGGCUUAAUUUUAACAGAAUGAUGAAGAUAAUAAAAAUAUGAAUGUCUUGUUAAACAAAUGUUUGUGAACAUGAGUGAUUAAAAUUAUUUUGCAUGACCAGGGUAAUGGAUGUAAACUAUACCAUUUUUUCUUUUUUCCAAUUGUGUAUAUCUCCAGUUUUUGCAGUUGUAACAAGGUGCGUGAUCUAAAGAAACUGUUGUACACAGAAGCAUUGGAAGCUCAGAAGUUGGACAGGUUAAAAUACAGCUCCAUUUUAAAGAAGGUUUGUCUCUUAGUUUGUGGCUGCCCAAUUAGAUUAUUUUACAGGUCUAAUUUGUUGUAUUUGUCAAGAGAGCAAGCAGCCUUUUUAAUUUUACAACCUAAAAUAAACUCAACAAGUGGAUGGAUAUUUAUGUGAAAUUCAGGAACAAUUUAUCUAUUCUGGAAACAAAUAAAAUGUGUUUAUCUAUA